CUUCCGGUAGGCUAACGUUACUGCCUCACAGUCGCUGGCUUGACGCUGCUGCUCCACACGGCUGCGCAUCACUACAGUGCACGGAGCUGUCAGGAAAACUCAAAGGAACAGGAGAUGAUAGAUUUGGAGAGCUGCUUUCAAGAAAACACGGUUAAACGAAGAGUGUCCAUGCCUGAAGAGGAAGGAAACGACGAAAGGCUCAAUCCUUAAGGCUGCUUGAAGUUGAUGUUGAAGGCCACUUGUUUUGGAGUUUGGUUUGAUUUCUUUACACUUACUAAUCGGCAGACUUUAUCCAGAGACAAAACUGAGGUGUUAUUUACGGAAGGAUUAUUAUAACCCUCAGUAGACCCUCUUUUUACUACGGACCUGCUGUGUGUAGAGAUUCACGUAGGUAUAGCGAGGUGCUGCAGGAGGUGUUGCUGAUGCAGAAGUGAGGAAGGAUUUGAUAAAUUAGUGGAUCUCACAGACCAUGUUUCACAGAACAAAUGAUUUCAGUUAAAUGACUGACUUUUAGGAUCGCGCCCAAGACUGAAGUCCGAACCUACAUUUCCCCCUGUGGUGCCAUCUCUAUUGUGCAAGGACUAUGCUGAUGAAGGAGUACCGCAUCUGCAUGCCUCUCACAGUGGAGGAGUAUCGGAUUGGCCAACUGUAUAUGAUCAGUAAACACAGUCAUGAACAGAGUGAACGUGGGGAGGGGGUGGAGGUGGUCCAGAAUGAGCCGUACGAGGACCCCGAGCACGGAUCAGGCCAGUUCACCGAGAAACGAAUCUAUCUCAACAACAAGCUGCCCAGUUGGGCCAGAGCAGUGGUCCCUAAGAUCUUCUAUGUUACAGAGAAGGCUUGGAACUAUUACCCAUACACUAUAACAGAGUACACGUGCUCCUUCCUGCCUAAGUUUUCCAUCCACAUAGAGACCAAAUAUGAGGACAACAAAGGGAGCAAUGAUAAUAUCUUUGGUGCUGAGCCCAAAGAUGAGGAAACGGAAGUGUGUUUUGUGGACAUCGCCUAUGAUGAGAUCCCCGAACGCCACUACAAGGAGUUAGAGGACCUGCGGUAUUUUAAGUCAAAGAAGACAAACCGAGGCGUUCUGCAGGAAGGAUGGAUCGACACCCAAGACCCCAUCAUGUGCUCCUACAAACUGGUCACAGUCAAGUUUGAAGUGUGGGGCCUGCAAACACGUGUGGAGCAGUUUGUACACAAGGUGAUCCGAGAUAUCCUGCUGUUAGGACACAGACAGGCCUUUGCCUGGGUGGAUGAGUGGAUUGACAUGACCAUGGAGGAAGUGAGAGAGUACGAGCGUGCCACACAGGAAGCCACCAACCUGAAGAUCGGCACCUUCCCCCCUGCCAUCUCCAUCACCGAGACGCCGCUGCCAUCCAGCAACCGCAGCGGCCCCAACAGUGCCCCGUCCACUCCCCUCUCCACCGAAGCCCCUGAGUUCCUGUCAGUCCCAAAGGAGCGUCCCAGGAAGAAGUCCGCUCCGGAGACGCUGACCCUGCCAGAUCCGGGCCGCAGAGAUUCAAUCUUCAAACUACCCAGCUUUUUCUCCUGGAACUCCAGUCCGCAGCCUGAAUGAGGGCGGGGCUGUGCCACUGGUGAACGCCCUCGACCUAUGGAUCACUGGAGGAUGCCUGCCCAGCACACCCCACGAGGCCCCCCAACCAGCUGAAGUGAAGGAGACCUUUCACUGUCCUGGAGAUCCCAGACCCCCUCAGCAGACUAGCCGGUGUUACAGCAAAGCUAAUAGCUCUCAGACUGCAUUUACAGGUAUAGAAAGGCAGUCUGGCUUCCACAGCAAAAAGUCCUAGGAGGUGUAAAGGCAUAGUGCCUCACAUCGAGAGUCCAGAAGCAGCUGGAGGCUCCUCUUUCUUCUCUCCUCCUCAGAAAACAGCCAUCAGCAGCAUGCAUCAGACAGUAUGGAGUCCAAUUAGCCCGACUGAGUGUAGCGUAUAUUCCUUAAAAUGUUUGAUUUCACAGAGCAUCACCUUGUCUUUAUUCAAGCUCAGGGUGUUUUGACAAAAUAUGUUGAGAUUCAGUCACUGCACAUAAACUUUACAUGUACAGAUUAUUAGUAUUUACUUUUAAACAUCAGUCUGGCUUUGUUAAUUGGAGCUUGUGGUUUGACAUAUUGUAUUUAUGUGGUUGGGACCUUUAGACAGCUUUUGAAGGCAGGUGUAGGGCGAUUGUGUAUUGUUGUAUAUAAAGUACAGUAUGAACAUUACGUAACCAGUGAAAUGUCAGUAUUUCUAAUAGAAUAUCAUAUCCAGUGAUGCUGCUGCUAUGAAACUGCUUGUGUAUUGUAAAGGGCAGGACUAUCUUCAGGUCUAUAUCUCUGAUUGUUUAUUAUAGUGGUUCUGUCAGCCAUGACUUCUGUAAUUGACGUGUGUAAUUGCAUGAUUUUGACUGCAUAAUCUGGUUUUGAAUCUCUGUGGACUUUGUUCUCUCAGCCUCACUUGUGUUUUUACAGACUGGUCAUGUGAUUUGUAUGUUGCUUUGGUGCUUUUUUCCCCAUUUCAUUCAAUGUUGAUUGUUUCGGUAAAUGGAAAUAGAUUAAAUACCGUUGUAUCCAUAA